UGAGAAUCCGUUCGCAUUUUGCAAGCAGGUCUGAGUGCAGAGUCGUCGCUUCGCCCUCGCAGUCGUCACCGUCGCUGUCGUCGUCGCCGUCAUCGCUCCCGUCGUCGCUGAGCGUGUCGCUGCCGUUGUCGGUUGUUUUCGGUGUUGUCAGGGUGUCCUUCUGGGCUGGCUUGGUUGAUCCCCUCCCCCCCCUUCUCCCCCCCCUCACACCGCUAAUAUCACCCACCCUACUCCUCCCCCACCAUCUGUCUACACACUUCUCGCUCCCAGAAAAUUCCUAUACCCGCACUCUGACUAGUACGACUUGCCGACAUGUCACGUAGCCCGGUUGCGCCGUGGCCGGCCCAAACACCACCUCCAUCGUCAUACCUCAGAUUGGAGAGAGACGCUAAUCCACCAGGCCCUGCUCCGCCUCCCCGACCUAGACAAGAUGGAACAACCAUCUCUGAUUCCACUGCCGUAGAAACAGCAAAAGUUAAUUGCCAGCUCUAUGCCAACAACAACAACGUCACAUGCUUUCCCACUGCCGGGGAACAGGUGUAUCAGCACCAAUGGGCCGCUGUCGUCUGGAACAGCCGACGACCGCAACUCACUUAUACUAACCUCGUCAAUCUCUACCUCGUCAACGCUGACACUCAAGAACCGCUGUUCACCAUUACCGACGUGCAAAAUCCAAUAGGUACAGCUGGAGAGUACAACGUGCUCGUCAACGACAGUUGGUUUGGUACCACUGGCGCGACUUGGCAGCCCGGCCAAAACUUGACAUACCCCUUCUUUUGGAUUGUGACCAGCAACGAAGAUGGUCUCGAUGGCUCCCAAACAACUAAUCCGACAUUCCUCGCAGUCCAAACGACAUAUGCCGAUUCCGUCGUGUCAACUAUGCUUUCGUCUUCUGCUUCGCUAUCUUCUGUGUCUGCUCAGUCAACACUCUCCGUUCAUUCGUCUGUUCAGCCACAGCAGGACAAUUCUGUUUUUCCUCACUGGGCAAUUGCAGUCAUCGUCGUACUCGGAUUCUUGGCUAUCGUUGCAGGUGGUAUUUUGGUUUGGCUAAUACUCCGACGUAUACGAAGACGGGCUGUACAAUCGAAUCGUGGGUCUAUGGGCUCCGCUUCCCCCAUGAUGGCAGAUGCUCAUCACCAGCAAUCGCCCAACCUUCCUCUGUUAGUAGCCGCCGGCACUGCUGGUGGUGCACUUGGCCGAUCCUCUUCAGAACACCAACGUCCCCCUUCUGUCGUUUCCCCAGACGGUGCAUCGGAAGUAUCGAGAGCCCACUCUGCAGGGGACUCAGGUCCCUUCUCGGGCGCAGACGCGGCGAUCAUGGCGGAUGCAUUCCGGAAGGCCCUGCGAAAACCCGAUUUCGCUGCAACACCCGUGGAGGAAAAUGACGACGGAAAGGACGAUGUUAUAAAUCGUGAACUGGCAGAAGAAGGCAGGGACAUUCGCAGCGUGGGUUCAUCGCGAGGAGUUAGAGUGGAAACCUUGAGUGAAACUGGUGAUAGAGCGCAAGAUCACUAG